AUGGAUAAUCCAUUUGCUCAACUUCGAGAACUUGUAGCAGGUUUGAACAGCCAAGAAGAGUUUAAAUCUCAUCUAGUUGAAAUUGUUGCUUUAAUUAGUAUGAUAAACAAGAUGUAUAUCGAUGUUUCAUUUGCAAGAAAUCAAACAUUGCUCGAAUUGCAAAAAGUUGUUAAGAACGUUCAUGCCAUUCACUCAACUAACGAUAGUUAUCUUUAUACGUGCCAAAUUAUGGCUGAAGAUAUUCAAAAUAUUGAAAUUCCGCCAUUCAAUCUUGAUGGUUUGAAUAUUCAACCAAGAGAAGAAUUUAUGGCUGCAGCAGGUAUGACAGAAGAAGAAGCUGCAAAGCUUCACCCAGAUGAUUUUAUGAAACAGCAAAUGCAACAUGAAAUCAAACGUUACAAAGAAUUAAAACAGCAAUACCAUGAACUGCAUGCUAAAUCUACUGAGCUUAAAGCCAAAUUGGUCAAUGUCAACAAGUUAUUUGCUCCAAUCAUGACAAAAAUUUGCGAAAUGGACGAAGUUCUUAAAAACUUCAAAGAAAAGUACUUGAAUAAUCAACCUCAAUAA